AUGAGGGCACCAACUCUCCCUUCGCGCGGCGGCGACGCCCGGCCUUUACCCAGUCUCUCAACUAGCGUGACCCCCGUCCUCACCGAGACUCCCGCCACACCAAUCGAACCUCCCCAGCAGGACAAGCCCCAGCAACCGCGCCUCCGCCGUCUCGCAUCCAAGCCGCUCAAGCCGCUCAAACUCGCGGCGUCGGCACUCACGCGCAGCGGUAGCUCGACCCCCACUGGCGCGUCCAGCCAUGAGGACGACUCCACAGUCGACUUCCACCUCCAAUCCCAGCUGCAGCGCUCGGGCACGGCAUCGUCGUUCAAUUCGGUCGGCGAGGCGCAUCUCGACGCCAGCGAUAACAAACCGCGCAAGCGCCUAAGCUUUACCCGUAAGAAGGAGUCGCCGCAGUUGCCACACCUCCCCUUAGACCCUGUGCAGAUCGCCCUCGCUGCCCGCGGGCCCCGUCGACCCAUUGAAGGCGAGGAACCGGCAGCUGUGCUGCGUGUGCGCGUUGUGCGCGCCAACGACCUCGUCGCCAAGGACCGUAACGGCUUCAGCGACCCCUUUGUUACGAUGACUAUGGCGCCUGCCACGCGCUUUACGACGCCAGUGGUCAAGCGCAGCCUCAACCCUUCGUUCCCGCCCGAGUCGAGCACGUUUGACUAUCCCAUCUACCUAAGUCUGGCCGCCGUGAUCGGCGGACGCGGCCUCGAGGCCGUCAUGUGGGACAAGGACCUCAUGCGCAAGGAGUACAUGGGCGAAUUCAAUGUCGGCGCUGAGCACUGGUUUGGCGGCCGCGACAUUCAUCUGUGGAACGACAACCUUCCGGUGCAAUCGUUUGGGCUGAUCUCGUCCCGUGCCGGGCAGAAGGUCUCUGGAAACGUCUCGCUCCAGAUCGGGUUCCUCCCGGCCCCUGGUUUGGAUCCCGCGGAAGCACUCAAGAGGGCGACCACGAUCCACAAUACUAUUCUCUCGCGAGCAUUCAUUACGGGUGGGCCCAUGAGCGUCUUAGGUGUUCCUGCUCACGAGGGCAUCGGGACCGUCAUGAUGUCGCGCGACGGCGAGGAGACGUCCACGCCGCGUUUCCAGGUGGUGGGCUCCGCUAUGACUGCUCCUUUCUCCGGCGAGAAGGACACCAACAAGAACCACCUCGUGUUCGACGAGUGCGACCUCAGCGACGAUGGCUUGUCGAGCUCGGAAGAGGACGAGAUGGAGGACGCCCUCGAAGGAGACGGCGAUGGCUAUUUACGCGAAUCGCCUCAGGCCAUGGACCAGAACCCGUAUGACGCAGCUGGUGAAAAGCUCCUGGCGACCUCCCCGUCUGCCGACGCUGGGAGCCGUCUUUCGAGUGGUGGCUCGACGCCCAUAACAUCUAGUGGCACUGCGUCGGCUCGGCGCCGCCUCAAGUUCCCACGCAAGGGCAAAAAGGGCAAGACGUUCCAUCUCUCCCAGGGCCCGGCCAAGGGCGUGCAAGGCAUUGUCGUGAUGGAGGUCUCGAAAGCGACCGACCUACCUAAACUCAAGAACGCCCUCGGUGUAGGCUUUGACAUGGACCCGUUCGUGGUCAUCUCGUUUGGCAAGAAGGUGUUCCGCACGCGUGUGAUCCGACACUCGCUCAAUCCGACCUGGGAUGAGAAGCUCCUUUUCCACGUUCAUGGACACGAGGCUGGCUUCACGAUCCAGAUGGCUGUCCUUGACUGGGACAAGGUGUCGGGUAACGACAUGGUCGGCCACUGCACACUGCCGCUCGCCGAGCUCAUGGCCCUCGCCCCUAAGCCUGACCCAGAGACGGGUCUCUACGCUGAAGACGAGGACGGCAAGCAUGAGGUCAAGGAGUUUACGCUGCCCGUCCUGACUGCAAAGGACAAGGGGUGGGAGGCGCGUCACUCGCCCACUCUGACCGUGCGCGCAAAGUACGAGCCGUACGACGCUCUUCGUCAGCGCUUCUGGCGCCAGUACACCCUCCAAUACGACGCGGAUGACACGGGCAUGAUGUCGUUUGUCGAGCUCACCACCAUGCUGGACUCGCUCGGUUCGACCCUCACCCACCAGACGCUUGAGAGCUUCUUCACCCGGGUUGGCAAGAACCCCGACAGCGGCGAAGAGCUUACAGUCGACGAAGUGGUGCAGGCCUUAGAGGAGGAGGUCACAAAGUCUCCUGACCAGAAGAGGAAGGUGACCUCCAUGACCGACAUCGACACGAACGCCCUGGAUGAGAAGCUGCUGGCCAGCUUGCCGAAGCAGCAGACGUCGACCAGUAGCAGUAAGGCGUCGACUAUUUCCGUGCGGGGGGACUCAAAGUCGUCGACACUACCACCUACGGAUGCACCCUCGCCGGCCAGCUCGGAUGUUGAGGACUCGUCUACGAAUCAUAGUGACGACCAGAUUGAGCGCGUUAUCAAUAUCCGGGAGUGUCCGUUGUGCCACCGCCCCCGCCUCGGCAAGCGCAGUGAGAAGGACAUUAUCACACACCUUGCUGUCUGCGCGUCGGCUGACUGGAACCGCGUGGACCGUAUCAUGGCGGCGAGCUACGUCACGUCGAGCCAGGCGCAGCGCAAGAUGCUCACCAAGCUGGUCAACAAGGUCGCCGUCGGACGCUACUCGCUCGGUGCCAAUUCUGCCAACACCAUUGUGCAGGACCGCAUGACUGGUCAGCUCCAGGAGGAGAAAAUGGCUGUAUACGUGCGCAUCGGUAUCCGCGUGCUCUACAAGGGUGCGGGAUCGCAGAUGGCGCGUGCUAGGGCCAAGAAGUUGCUGAAGUCGCUUUCCGUCAAACAGGGUAUCAAGUACGACUCGCCCGCCUCUGCAGCCGACAUCCCUGGCUUUAUCGAGUUCCACCGCCUCAACAUGAACGAGAUUGCCGACCCGCUCGACUCGUUCAAGACGUUUAACGAGUUUUUCUACCGCAAGCUGCGUCCAGACGCGCGCCCGGUUGACGAGCCUGGCAACCCGGGCCGGCUCGUGUCGAUGGCCGACAGCCGCAUGAUGGCAUUCAACUCUGUCAACCAGGCGACGCAAAUCUGGAUCAAGGGCCGCGACUUUACCAUUUCGCGGCUACUGGGUCCGCGCUACGCAUCCGAGGUGCACAAGUACGAGGGUGGAGGGCUCGCAAUCUUCCGUCUCGCGCCGCAGGACUACCACCGCUUCCACUCACCCGUGCGCGGGCGUAUCGGCAAGAUUACUAUGAUCGACGGCGACUAUUACACUGUCAAUCCACAAGCCAUCCGGUCCUCGCUCGAUGUGUAUGGCGAGAACGUGCGCCAGGUUGUCCCCAUCGAGAGCGAGGAGUUUGGCACUGUCAUGACGGUGUGGAUUGGUGCGAUGAUGGUGGGCAGCAUCGGCACGUCAGUUCAGGAGGGCGAGAUGGUCGAUCGCGGCCAGGAGCUUGGCUGGUUUGCGUUUGGCGGCAGCACGAUCGUCGCGCUGUUCGAGUCGGGCCGCGUCUCGUGGGACCAGGACUUGCAGGACAAUGCGGGCGCGGCGAUUGAGACCCUCGUCCGUGUGGCUAUGGGCAUUGGGCGCGCCGAAUAA